AUGGUAAGUGGUGCGGCUACAGUCUUUCUUUUUUCCAAAAAAUUUAAAGCCUCUCUUUGCGCUUCGCGCGUACUGUUGAAAAAAAAAAGUUUCGACAUUAGAAUCGAAGCUGGCAGCGUGCCAAGGCCCGGCCUCCCAAACGCAUAUGCUGCGCGCGAUUGUUGCAACAUUGCCGCACGCUUUAUUGUUCUUCAUCUUUGUCUUUAUUUUUCGGCUAAAAAUCAGCAGAAAUUUGGUUUUUCUCCUUUUUUACUCGUAUUUAUUCAUUUCAAUUGUCUUUUGCUAUAAAAAAUCAACUUUGAAAACAGGUUUAUCGAUUUUUAGCUUGAAUUUUCGAACAUUUCUUGAUUUUGUGUUUUUCUCCUUUCGAUUUCGCUGAAUUUGAGAAUUUUCAGGAUUUCCACCUACGGAAAACUCGAACAAGCAACAAAAGGGCAUGGAUUUCUUCUUUUCGUGUUAGUUUUUGACGUAACAAUAAUUUUCUCUCCGAUCAACGUUUACAGACUUCACUCUGCCGUCAGCACACAACGGAAAGUUGAAGAAGCAUCUCCCGUUGGAUGAAUUGGCACUAAUAACAAUUAUUUUAGAUGUAUUUAUUACGUUUUCCAAUAAAUUAAAUGGCAUGACAAGUGUAAGAAUUUUAAUGUCAGAGAUAUUCUACUUUCUUCUCCUUUUUCCGGAUUGAAGCGUCCACGGACUUUGAAAAAGCGGUCGGAGAGAAAAUAUUUCCGUUCCUCUUCAAACUAAUACGACAGCUUUUUGUAUACCGUUGUGUGCUGACGGCGGAGUGGAGAAGACGGCGAAGGAGUGGAGUCUGUAAACGCUGAUCGGAGAGAAAAUUAUUGUUACGUCAAAAACUAACACGAAAAGAAGAAAUCCAUGCCCUUUUGCUGCUUGUUCGAGUUUUCCGUAGGUGGAAAUCCUGAAAAUUCUCAAAUUCAGCGAAAUCGAAAGGAGAAAAACACAAAAUCAAGAAAUGUUCGAAAAUUCAAGCUAAAAAUCGAUAAACCUGUUUUCAAAGUUGAUUUUUUAUAGCAAAAGACAAUUGAAAUGAAUAAAUACGAGUAAAAAAGGAGAAAAACCAAAUUUCUGCUGAUUUUUAGCCGAAAAAGAAAGACAAAGAUGAAGAACAAUAAAGCGUGCGGCAAUGUUGCAACAAUCGCGCGCAGCAUAUGCGUUUGGGAGGCCGGGCCUUGGCACGCUGCCAGCUUCGAUUCUAAUGUCGAAACUUUUUUUUUUCAACAGUACCUCGGCUAAUUUUGAAGAUUUUGGACCGGUUAGAAAACGAUUCGAUAGAAAAUUGCAUUGUCCACAAAUUUGUAAUUAGUCACUUUUUACGAUUAUUCUUGUGUGCCGAGAUAUUGAAGAUUUUCUGAAGUUAGAAAUAGAGAUCGCUUGCCGACUUGUAUCUCGGUCAGUUUUGAAGAUUUUCAGAUGCUCUAAAAACCGAACGAAAGAAAAAUCGAUGGCAUACAACUUUCUAAUUGGUCGCUUUUCAUGAGAGUGUAUAUUCGCUUUGAAAUUUGUACCUGAAAACAGCCUUACUACACCUUUCGAGAAACCUGAUUUUACCUUGAAAUAUCUGAAGACCCAAAGAUUUUCUCAAAAACUCAUCAACUGCAAUAUUUCGAAGCACAAAAUUCGCCGUCGAUUGGUAUUUUAACUUUCAAAAAAUAUGGAAAACAAACCGAGUUACGACGCUUCAACGCUAGACUAAGCCUACAGUACCCUUUUUAAAGGGCCUAAUCUAAUUUAACCCAAACAUGCGCGCACAUUUCCUCGGGUUCUUGCUUGGCUGAGCACACACCUGGCAGCACCGCCCGUCAGGGACCGGACAUCCGGUGCAUGUACGCAAGAAGCCGUGUGCCAAUUCAACUGAAAACCUCCCCUCCCCAUCUUUCGGGGACCGCUCCAUUUUGUUUGCGAAAAAGAGGCGAAAAGUGCAGAAGAGAAGCGGUCCCUCGCAAAUUGAUCCAAUUUGGAGGAGGCGCGCUCACACUCGAAAUGGAAACAUUGGCGAAUAUAUUGUCGCUUUUCAGAGAGAGGUCAUCUCGAUCCACAUCGGACAAGCGGGCGUCCAAAUCGGAAAUGCGUGCUGGGAGUUGUACUGUCUGGAGCACGGCAUCCAGCCGGACGGUCAAAUGCCCUCGGACAAAUCACUGGGCGGCUCCGACGACUCCUUCUCCACCUUCUUCUCCGAGACCGGAAGCGGGCGCCACGUGCCGCGUGCCGUCAUGGUCGAUCUCGAGCCGACGGUUAUCGGUGAGUUAUUUUGAGAAAUGUUAGCUAAUUUUGAAGAGAUGAUUGAAACUCACUCCCGUCACUGCUCAAAAUAACAGGAAAUAGUUGGGGAAUAUGCGAAAAAUAGAAAGAAAUUGACGAGAAUAGGGGGAACAGUUGCAAUAUUGGGAGGCGAACUUUGAAUGGAUACUGUGGAGUUGCAAAACGUCCUAUGGGUCUAGAAAAUGUUUAGGGAAAUCUUGAGACCUUGUACUCUGAUUUGCAGUUGAUGACUUUUUUCUAGGACCCUUCCCUGGAGUACUGUAGCUCUUGAUAGUUGGGCCGCUUGACAAGCGCUUUGAAAAUGUCCCCACUUCCAAGAGCUGCAGCAGUCUGGGCGGUGAUUGUACGAACAAGUUGUCAACUGCAAAAAUCAAGUUCAUAACUAGUGCUAUAUUUUUGUAGUCGACCAUUUUUUCAUACAGUCACUCCCAAGAGUACUGUAGCGCUUGGAAGUUGGCGUUCUUCAAAUGACCGUUUGACUGAUCCCAACUUUCAAGAACUGCCGUAGUCCAGGGAAAUGUUGUAGAAAGAAGUUGUCAACUGGACAAAUAAAGUACUAGACGUGAAGAAUGGCAUACCAACUCUAAGGGACCGCUAUUGUAGACUUGAUUUCGCAAUACGACCAGCAGCUCCAGCGCGUCUCUUUCCCGUUCUCAUCCCAUUUCCACUCUCCAACCAUUCGGGACCAAUGCCAUGUCAGCGGUCCCGCAAAGCCGACGGCUCCUCUUUUCCAUUCCAUUGUGAUGCAAUUAGACACAGACGGCGCGCAUUUGCUGGGGAUGAAAAACUAUUAGCGGAAAAGGGAAUGGGAAUGGAAAAGCGGACAAACUACUAGGGGCCUAACUUUCUCAUGUCAAAAACCUAGGCCAUUGGAAAUGCUCGCAUCUUUUGGCUAUUUGGCUGCUCCUUCUCCCUCUUCUUCUCUCUCUCUUUCCGAAAUGAAUUUUAUGUGUGUGUGUCCAUUUCGGUUGGUUUUCGAUGAAUAUCCGAUGCUCCCCUUCCCUUCCCUUUUCUGCGCCUCUUCACUUUUUAUAUGAAUACACGAGAAGGGGGGUGGCAAACAUUUGGGGAGAAUUCCCACUUUCGCCCAAAAAGUUGGAGAAAAGAAGAAGAAGAAUGAGAGCCGAAAAGGGGUCUCCGGAGAGUUAUUCGUGCAGAAGAGUUGGGCGAAACAUUGGAAUAAAAGUUCCGAAACUCUGGGGACCACGAUGGUUGGCUGAACUUUGAACGGAUAUUGUACAGUUGCGAAACGUCCUUUAGACAUAGAAAUUUUUUUGGGAAAUCUUCACAUGGUGUACUUUAAUUUUGUAGUUUAUGACUUUUUUCUAGAAGCCUUCCCUGGGCUACUGUAGCCCUUGGAAGUUAACACGCUUCUCAAAAGGAUGACUACUUCUAAAAGCUACAGUAGUCUUGGGAGUGAAUGUAGAGAAAAGUUGUCAAUGACAAAAAUACAAUACUAGAGAUAAACUUCAAUUUUGUCAUUGACAACUUCUCUGUACAAUCACCGCCAGGACUACUGUAGCUCUCGGAAGUCAUUACUAACUUGGAGCACCUAAAAGUACCAUUUUUGCAGAUGAAAUCCGCACCGGCACCUACCGUUCGCUCUUCCAUCCGGAACAGCUCAUCACCGGAAAGGAGGAUGCGGCGAACAACUACGCCCGCGGUCACUACACGAUCGGCAAAGAGAUCAUCGACCUGACGCUCGACCGCAUCCGCCGACUCGCCGACAACUGCACCGGCCUCCAAGGAUUCCUCGUGUUCCACUCGUUCGGCGGCGGCACCGGAUCAGGCUUCACUUCUCUGCUCAUGGAGAGACUGUCGGUCGACUACGGAAAAAGGGCGAAGCUCGAGUUCUCGAUCUACCCGGCGCCGCAAGUCUCCACCGCCGUCGUCGAGCCGUACAAUUCGAUUCUGACGACCCAUACGACUUUGGAGCACUCGGACUGCUCUUUUAUGGUCGACAACGAGGCGAUCUACGACAUCUGCCGUCGCAAUCUGGACAUUGUGCGCCCCUCCUACACCAAUCUGAACCGUCUCAUCGGCCAGAUCGUCUCCUCGAUCACCGCAUCGCUGCGCUUCGACGGAGCCCUCAACGUCGACCUCACCGAGUUCCAGACGAACUUGGUGCCCUACCCGCGCAUCCACUUCCCGCUCGCCACCUUCUCGCCGGUCAUCUCGGCCGAAAAGGCCUACCACGAGCAGUUGUCGGUCGCCGAGAUCACGAACAUGUGCUUCGAGCCGCACAAUCAGAUGGUCAAAUGUGAUCCGCGACACGGAAAGUACAUGGCCGUGUGCCUUCUGUUCCGCGGAGACGUCGUGCCGAAGGACGUGAACGCGGCGAUCGCGACGAUUAAAACGAAGCGGAGCAUACAGUUUGUCGACUGGUGCCCCACCGGAUUCAAGGUUUGUGGCUGAAUAACAACGAAAAGAGAUGCGUCAUCUCUGUUACUUUGUUCUAAUGUCAACAUAGACAUACAUCGACGUCGCACUGUUGACACUUAAUCUUAGGCACCCUCUGGAUCAAAAUGAUGAUACUUUGUGAUAGGGAGAGCGGAAAAACUGCGCACCUUUUUUGUGAUCCAUGAGGAGUUGUUGAGACUAUUGGUAAAAAACGGGGAAAAAACGGAUGCAAAAGCCGAUUUUCAAGCAAAAUGUGUCCGAACUGACAGCGAAUAAUUUUGCAGGUGGGAAUAAACUACCAGCCGCCGACGGUGGUGCCGGGAGGAGACCUGGCAAAGGUGCCGCGCGCCGUGUGCAUGCUCUCGAACACGACGGCGAUCGCGGAAGCGUGGGCCCGACUCGACCACAAGUUCGAUCUGAUGUACGCGAAAAGAGCGUUCGUGCACUGGUACGUCGGCGAGGGAAUGGAGGAGGGCGAGUUUUCGGAGGCGCGCGAAGAUCUCGCCGCCCUCGAGAAGGACUACGAGGAGGUCGGCGUCGACAGUCUCGAAGACAACGGCGAGGAGGGCGAUGAGUAUUAG